UGCAACACUUGAAUUAGUUUUAGUAGAAGAGAAAUGGAGGACCCAUAGAACAUUAAGGAUGAAUUAAGGAAGGCCUGAGACCAUGGAAAACCUCCCUGCUCUCUACACUAUUUUCCAAGGAGAGGUUGCUAUGGUGACAGACUAUGGAGCCUUUAUCAAAAUCCCAGGUUUGGUCCAUCGAUCUCAUAUGUCAUCCUAUCAGGUGGAUAAGCCCUCUAAGAUAGUAGAUGUUGGAGAUAAAGUAUGGGUGAAGCUUAUUGGCCGAGAGAUGAAAAAUGAUAGAAUAAAGAUAUCCCUGUCCAUGAAAGUUGUCAACCAAGGGACUGGGAAAGACCUUGAUCCCAACAAUGUUAUCAUUGAGCAAGAAGAGAGGAGGAGGCAUUCCUUCCAGGAUUACACUGGGCAGAAGAUCACCCUCGAGGCUGUCCUGAACACCACCUGCAAGAAGUGUGGUUGUAAAGGCCACUUUGCAAAAGACUGCUUCAUGCAACCAGGUGGGACCAAAUACUCUCAGAUACCUGAUGAGGAAGAAGAGGAGGAAGAAGCAAAGUCAGCAGAGUUCAAGAAGCCUGACACCAUGAAAAAUUCUUCUAGAAAAAGAAAGAAAGAAAAGAAGAAAAAGAAACACAGAGACAGGAAGUCCUCUGACUCUGACAGCUCAGACUCUGAGAGUGAUACAGGCAAGAGGUCAAGGCACACAUCAAAAGACAGCAAGGCAGCAAAAAAGGAAAAGAAAAAGAAGCAUAAGAAGCAGCACAAGGAGUGAGAGUAGAAAGAGUGCAGAGGGUGGUUGUGACCUUGAAAGCUCUGGAUCCUAGGAAGACUCAAUAGUGAGAAUAUGGCUUCCCACCCUGUUAACUUCACUCCCAUGGGAGAUGGC